AUGGGAUUGGGACAUCAUAAGCUGGCAUUCCACCGUGCCAGCAUCGACGUUCCGACGUUCCGCCUCCGCGAGCAGGAGGAGGAGGAGUACAAUGCCGCGGCCCUGACCAGCGCCGACGACUACCUCUCCCCCUACGAGGACAAGUCCCGGUCCGUCUUCCACCGGAUCGAAUCGUCGCGGUUCCUCCAGACCUUCCUCCGAUACCCAGCGCCGGAUUCGCUCAAGCUCAAACCGACCUCGUGGCUGGACGGCGUCCGCGGGGUGGCCGCGCUCGAGGUCUACGUCUUCCACACCAUCAGCUGCUGGCGCACCAUCUUCCCGGCCUUCGGCGCGCAGUCGGACCAGAUGAGCCUGAUCCAGCUCCCGGUCAUCCGCAGCUUCUUCGUCACGGGCGGCACGGCCGUCUGCGUCUUCUUCGUCCUGUCGGGCUACGUCCUGACCUACAAGUCCCUCCGCUGGAUGCGCGCCGGCACGCCGCAGCACGUGUACCCGUCGGUCGCGUCGUCCAUGUUCCGGCGCGGCUUCCGGCUCUACCUGCCGCCCAUCCUGCUCACCUUCGUCGAGAUGCUGGUGACCCGGCUGGGGUACUCGCCGCCGCUGAACUUCGACUUCGUGCCGGAGGCCACGUUCGGGGCGGCGCUCCUGGACUGGCUGAAGGAGACGUGCUACCUGGUGAACCCGUACUACAACUUCGUGCCGGCCAUCCAGGGCUUCGUCAUCCACCCCAAGUACGACCCCGUGAUCUGGACGAUCCCGCUGGAGUUCUACGGCUCCUUCACCGUCUACAUCCUGCUCCUCCUCGUGGCGCGGCUGCCCCGCCACGGCGCGCGGAUGGCGCUCGUGGCCCUGUUCGCCGUGGCGGCCAUGUUCCUCGGCAGCUGGAACGCGUUCUGCUUCGCGGCGGGCAUGCUGCUCGCCGACUACAACCUCGCGCAGGAGGCGGACGGGUCGCGGCCGGGGCUCCGGCCGCCCAAGCACCGCACGCUGUGGAUCGCGAUCCUCGUCGCGGCCCUGUACCUCGCCGGCUUCCCGACGCUCUCGUACGAGGAGGCGCACCGCUGGCCCAUGCCGGGCUACGAGACGCUGCGCGCCCUGAUCCCCGUCAGCCUGAACAUGAUGGACCACGCGCGCUGGUGGUGGUCCUUCGCCGGCGUCGGCCUGCUCUUCUGCGUCUCGCAGCUGCCGGCCCUGCGGAGCGUCUUCGAGAGCAACCUCUGCCAGUACCUGGGCCGGAUCGCCUUCUCGCUGUACCUGGUGCACCAGCUGUGCGUGAUCGUCUUCGGCCUGUGGCUGCAGAACGCCCUGCUGUGGCUCUUUGGCGUGCCGACCCACUCCAUGACCUGGCUGUACUGGGCCAUCUCCCUGCUCUGGUACGUCCCGUUCACGACGGUGGUGUUCGCCUUUGCCGCGCUGGUGGAGCGCUUCGUGGACCAGGGCAGCGUGCGCUUCGCGCGCUGGCUGGAGAGCAAGUGUCUGGAGCUCUACCGGACCCUGACGGCGAGGCGGAAAGGGAUGUAUCGGCCGUUGUAG